AUGGGAGGAUGGGAGAACAAGAACGAUAGGAUGAGGAAAGGGAAGAUGAGGAGGGGGAAGGAGAAGGGGGAGAAGAAAUGGGACAUACAUAUAUCUGUCGUCACUCGAGGCAAAGAGAUCCUGAGGGAGUUCACAUCUGUCCAACAUGACACCAGAGAACCAAAGUUUGACAAAACAUUCUAUAUCCCCUUAGAACUGGUUCAAAUCUCUAGCAGACUCAUCAUUCAUCUCAACAGACAGACAGGAAAAAGAUUUGAUGAUGUCAUUGGCUGUAUGUCCUUUGGUAUGAAGACCAUGAUAUCCUCAUCUAAGUGUAAAAGGUAAGUGUGCUGCCUGUGAUAGUACUAACUAGAAAUGUAUGAUUGAUAUGCACUUUACAUGCACUAUAUAAUUUUACUACAUAAUUUUUGAUAAUGCCUGUGAUAAUUAGCAUGUGGAUGCACAAUAAUAUAUCAAAAUCAUCAGUGUAUAAGCACUUUUAUAUUUUCACUAUUAAAAUAUGAGUAAUUUUAUUUCUGCGGUUCACACAUUAUUGGUAAAUAUGCAUGUAUCCCAGUGCACUUUGAACAGAAUGAUACUAAUAAAAAAUAAUAAGAAUAGUCACAAUGGUAAUAAUAUAGCACUUAUCACAUUAGAAUAGAAUACCAUCACAGAUUCAAAGAUAACGUAAGAAAUAAACUCCCAGAUAUUUCAUUUUGAUCUGCCACCUGAUGGAAAUAGAUUUAAUGCAAAAUUUAUAUUCAAUAAAAAACUUUUUUCCCCCAUAUCUUUCAUAUGAUUAUUUUAGGGCAUACACUUUGUUACAAACUAAAUUUUAAUCAGAAUAGUGACAUGCUCUUAACAUUUUACCAAGACUAACUGUAGGCUUUUAAGAUAUAAAUCUGUGAAAUAAUCAAUAAAAAAAAGAAAGAAAAGGAUCAGUAAAACGACUAGUUUCUGGAAAGGUGAAAGUGAAUAUUGUGAGCAUUUGAAUUCUUUUACUGUACUUUAGGAAGAGUACUCUGUUUCUAUGUGAUCAUAUGCGUGCAAAUAUAUUAUCUGCGAUUUGAUACUCACAGCAAUGUUAAUCGUGAAUCAUGUUUCAUAUUCAGGUUUAUAAUCUAAAUGUAAUGAUACAUGAUAUACCAAUGCAUGGAUUCAUCAAGAAAGCAAUGCAGAUAUGUGCGGUAUGAAAGAAAGAUUCUAAUUGUGAUACUGAUCGCAAAAAGAUUAAUAUGGAAUCCAUUACAAACGCAAAAAGGAAAAGAACAAAAGUGAACCCCCAUAGAUUUCUGAAUACAUCAUUGAUUGGCAUGCUUUUUAAAGUCAAGUUUAACUUUGGCCAUGGUGCUAAAAUUAUGGGAAGCUAAAUAAACUUCAUAAUUUUGUUACGUUGUAUUUUUUCUGUCUUUACUGUUUUUUCCAUGUUUUUUAUGGUAAAAAAACUAUUGUACACGGAGAUAUUAUUCCCAGACAAAUCAUGAAUGAAUCAAGUGUCAAUGGAUGUGGUAAAUUUUGUGUCACAUUGGCUUUCCAUACUAUUCCAUAGUUUAACCACAACCUUGGACCAGAGUUUGAAUUAAACUUGUGUUCAGAAUACAGGCCAUUGAGUCUAUUACAUGUUGCAUUACUUUUCUAUAUCAAAUUAUGUCAAUAUGAGCUUCAAGUUCAAGAUAUUUUAAUCACUUUGGUAAUUGAAUUAGCACCCACCCACUUGAUCAUGAUUCAUGCACACCCAAAGUGUUUGAAAUUCCUAUGAUUUUAAUUUCUAUUUUUGACUGACCUUGCCAGGUAGCUUAAAGGACAAGUCCACCCCAACAAAAACUUGAUUUGAAUAAACAGAGAAAAAUCAAACAAGCAUAACACUGAAAAUUUCAUCAAAAUCGGAUGUAAAAUAAGAAAGAUAUAACAUUUUAAAGUUUUGCUUAAUUUCACAAAACAGUUAUAUGCACAUCCUGGUCGGUAUGCAAAUUGGCAGACUGAUGACGUCACCCACUCACUAUUUCUUUUGUAAUUUAUUGUAUGAAACAUGAAAUAUUUUAUUUUCUCGUCAUUGUCAUGUGAAAUGAAGUUUCAUUCCUCCCUGAACAUGUGGAAUUCCAUUAUUUUAACAUUUUGUGCUUCAGGCAAGGAGGUCCUAAUCGUCAAAUUCGUAAAAAUUGAAAUAUUGUAUAAUUCAAACAAUAAAAAACAAAAGAAAUAGUGAGUGAGUGACAUCAUCGACUCUCUCAUUUGGAUGUAACUGGCUCGUUCAUAUAACUAUUUUGUAAAAAUAAGCGAAACUUUGAAAUGUCAUAACUUUCUUAUUUUACAUCCGAUUUUGAUGAAAUUUUCAGCAUUGUGCUUGUCUGAUUUUCCUCUGUUGAUUCAAAUCAACAUUUUUCUGAGGUGGAAUUGACCUUUAAGUUUAUUUUCACAUUCCGUUUGAGAUGUAUCAGACAUAUGAGGUGUUGCAAGAAACUUGGAAUUGAUCGCAAGUCAAUUUCAGGUCCCCAAAUCAAUCUCAAGUCAUGCAUUUCUUUUCACAUUUGCAAUUGAUUGGUGGCCUGCCUCUUGCAUCAGUAUGAAUUUAAAAAAAAUUUCAUUUCAUUAAUUGUUUCUGCAAUUUUGUAUAUACAUAAUAAGAAAGAACGUAGUGCAUAACAAAAUAUUUAUCAAUAAUU